GGAACAUCACAAACUCAUAAAAACAAAACAAAAUUUCCAUAUUCUUCUUCUUACAAAAAAAUACAUAAAUAACAAAGAAGAAGAGAAUAAAAGAAAAAAUUAAAAAAAGUGAGAAAGGGAGGAGGAGCCAGCCAAACAUGGGUAGCAUGAAGACGACGUUGGUGGCAGCCGCAUUGCUGCUUUGCUUAUUGGCCGGGGUGUCAGUGGUACGGGCAGAGGACCCGUACCUAUUCUUCGAGUGGACUGUCACUUACGGGACAAUUUCGCCGGUGGGAGUCCCCGUGCAAGCAAUCCUCAUCAAUGGUCAGUUUCCAGGGCCUAAGAUCAAUUGCACCUCCAACAACAACAUUGUUGUUAAUGUCUUCAACAAACUCGAUGAGCCGUUUCUCCUGACCUGGUACGGGAUCCAGCAAAGGAAGAACUCGUGGCAAGACGGUACGCUUGGAACCAUGUGCCCAAUCCAACCGGGCACAAACUACACAUUCAAAUUCCAGGUCAAGGACCAGAUUGGAAGCUACUACUAUUUCCCAACCACUGGCCUUCAAAGGGCAUCUGGCGGAAUUGGUGGCCUACAGGUCCAUAGUCGGCUUCUCAUCCCGGUCCCCUUUGAUGCACCUGCCGAUGAAUACUUUGUCAUUGCUGGGGAUUGGUACAACAAGGGCCAUAAAUCUAUUCAGAAGCAAUUGGACACCGGGCGCUCACUCGGCAGACCUGAUGGUAUCCAGAUCAAUGGCAAGUCUGGCAAGGUCGGUGGCAGCAACGAGCCCAUGUUCAACAUGGAGGCUGGCAAGAUCUACAGGUACAGGGUCUGCAAUGUGGGAAUGAAGACAUCACUGAAUUUCAGGAUCCAAGGUCACAGUUUGAAGCUAGUGGAGAUGGAGGGUUCACACACCGUUCAGAACGUAUACGACUCUCUUGACGUGCACAUUGGUCAGUGCUUCUCCGUAUUGGUCGAAGCCAACCAAGAGCCCAAUGAUUAUUACAUGGUGUUUUCCAGCAGAUUCACCAAGCAACCAUUGACUAGUGUUGCAGUCAUCCGCUAUGCCAACGGGAAGAAUUCACCUUCUUCUGAGCUGCCAGCACCCCCACCAGAGACAGCCACUGGAAUCGCAUGGUCCAUCAAUCAGUUCCGCUCAUUCCGCUGGAACCUCACUGCUAGCGCUGCCCGCCCCAACCCUCAGGGAUCAUACCACUAUGGUAAAAUCAACAUCACCCGCACUAUCAAGCUUGUCAACUCGAGGAACAAUGUGGAUGGCAAGCUUCGUUAUGCCAUCAACGGUGUCUCCCACGUUGAGCCAACUACCCCGCUUAAGCUUGUUGAGUACUAUGGAAUCCAGGACAAGGUGUUCAAGUAUGACAUCAUCAAAGACGAGCCCGAGGCUGCAUCUGAAUCUAAUGAGAAGAUCGUCCUCGCCCCCAACGUCCUUAAUGCCACAUUCCGUAACUUUGUUGAGAUAAUCUUAGAGAACCACGAGAAGACCAUUCAGACAUGGCACUUAGAUGGGUAUUCAUUCUUCGCUGUGGCAAUUGAACCCGGGAGGUGGACUCCAGAGAAGAGGAAGAACUACAAUCUUGUUGAUGCCGUGAGCAGGCACAACAUCCAAGUGUACCCUGGAUCGUGGGCUGCCAUCAUGACCACAUUAGAUAAUGCGGGAAUGUGGAACAUGAGGUCCGAGAUGUGGGAGAGGGCUUACUUGGGACAACAAUUCUACUUCAGCGUUCUCUCCCCAGCACGCUCCCUCAGGGAUGAAUACAACCUCCCAGAAAAGACCCCAGUCUGCGGCCUUGUCAAAGACUUACCAGAACCUCCUCCAUACAGCAACAGUGGAAUCUUCUAAAAUUUUUAUUUAUUAUUUAGUACUACGUAUGUGUGUGUAUGUUUGAUGACAUGCGAGAUGUCUAGACUUGACAUACACUAUUUUUUUUUUUUUAAAGCAAAAACAAAAGUAAUAAGUUGUAAUAGAGGGUUGGAGCAACCUAUAGCUCGGUUGAUAAGGCGCAUGUAUCAACCCUUGCGAAACAUGUAAUUGAAUUUUCACUUCCUAUUUUGUUUUCAUUUCUCUAUCUUGGUUAAUUUUCAUUCAUUUCGUGCUCA